AUGAAGCAGCCGUGGGCGGACUUGGUCGUGUCCGGCGCGAAGACGAUGGAGACGCGCGCGUACGCGUUGCCCCCGAGGUUGCUCGGAAAGCCCGUCGCGUUGUUGCGCACGCCCGCGGCGAAAGACGGCGAGGCGCGUUCUAUCUCACACCGGUCCCCAUACGACCGCGUCGGCGUGCCGGCGAACGUCUCGAGCCUCGGCGACGCGUGCGACCCCGGCGCGGCGACGAUCGUGGCCCUCGUCACGUUCACCUCCGUGAAGGAGUGGGACAGCGCGAAGGACUGGGCGGCGGACGGGGAUAAACACCUCGUGCCGAGCGACGACGAGGCGUUUCGCUGGCGUCGCGGCGACGGGUUGCGACGCCGGGUCCGAGGGUGGAUCGUCGGCGACGUCGCGCCGAUCGCGCCGACGCCGUCGCCGAAGAUGACGCGCGCGCUGCGGUCGUUGUUUAAGCUCGAGUUCACGGCGGAUGAGCUCCUCGUGAAAGGGAUCGACGACCGCGGCGGCGGCGGCGGCGGCGGGGCAGUCGGGGACGACGACGAGGAAGACGACGACGCGGGGAUUUUUGCCGACGACGGCGCGAACGACCGCCCGUGGCACUGA